AAGGCGAAGAAGUGACAAGGAUGAGCAGCAAAGACGGCGAGCCCCUCAACUCUGAAAGCGGGGUGAAGAAGAUGUUGAAGUGCGUAGUGGUUGGUGAUGGGGCCGUGGGGAAAACCUGCCUGCUGAUGAGUUAUGCCAACGACGCUUUCCCGGAAGAAUAUGUGCCUACGGUGUUUGACCACUAUGCAGUAACUGUGACCGUCGGAGGCCGACAGCAUUUGCUUGGGCUUUAUGACACUGCAGGGCAGGAGGACUACAAUCAACUAAGACCCCUCUCCUAUCCCAACACCGACGUGUUCUUGAUCUGUUUCUCGGUGGUCAAUCCGGCCUCAUACCACAACGUCCAGGAGGAAUGGGUACCAGAACUGAAAGUCUGCAUGCCCCACGUGCCUUAUGUUCUGAUCGGAACACAGAUUGACCUUCGAGAUGACCCCAAAACCUUGACGCGGUUACUUUACAUGAAGGAGAAGCCCCUGACUUAUGAACAUGGCAUCAAACUGGCUAAAGAGAUCGGAGCCCAGUGCUACUUGGAGUGCUCAGCGUUGACUCAGAAAGGUCUGAAGGCCGUCUUUGAUGAAGCCAUACUCACCAUCUUCAGCCCUAAGACCAAGAAGAAACCUUGUGUCAAGUGCUGCGGCAGCUGUACGGUCGUAUGACGGCACCUGGAUUCCAAGUGGAGCUCUGCUGGGCUUCUGGCCAAAGCAUCCUUACGUUCCAAGCCGCACCUGCACAGAGGGACAUGACCAGGAAGGAGCCGUUUCAUUAAGAGGCUCCUCCCGCAUCUGUGAUUCCUCUAAGUGCAUUCCUGUAGCCUUUUCAUACCUUCCUCGCCUUUUUUUCUUAACCACUCUAGAGCUGUAUAUACAAUAAGGAUGUCCAUUGCUGGGAAAUCCAUUUCUUCUUUGACUGGCCGGAAUUCUGCAACGCCUAUGACUCGCUUUGUUUCUGCGAGCCGAGCUGAGGGCUGUUCCUAGAAGUCCAGAAACUUUUUUGCACGUUUGUGGGGUGGGGGAGAGGUUCUGAAAUUUCUGCCGAUUUCCGAGCAAAUGCGCAAGUUACGGCCGAAUUUGUGUAAACCCCCGAAAUUGCAGAACCUCAAAAAAAAUGUGCAAAAUUGCCAGAAAACCUGCAAACUCACUCUGAAUGAGUCAUGCCAAACCAAAUGACUCAGCCUCCCGAAACAAAGUCCGGGAGGUCGUGCCUAGGAAAACAUGUCAACUUCCACCCUCAGAAAGAGAUUUCUCUGACAUCCCUAAUUUACAAGCACUCAGGCCCGUAUUGCGGCAGUUUUCCGUGAGCAAGCCAGCUUAUAAAGCAAAGACGCUAAGAUAACUCUUCCUGCAGUUCGGAUCCAUGACGUGCCUGAAGGAAAACUAAAGUAUCCAAAGAUCCUGAUCAUGCAAAGGAGCCAAAAGAACCCGGAU